AUGGAUAUCGAAGAUCUUGUAAGAAACACCGUCGAGGCCAUCGUAAGCCUCGCUGCAUUCCCCGUCACGAAAUUCAUGGACAGGCUCUUCAACGCAACUCGAAACGCCCCUCAUACCUCCCGCAUUAGGCCCGAGUUGGACCCGGAGCCGGCCUUUGGUCCUGAACUUCGUGGUACUGUGCUAAACGGCCGGGAUGAGUCUUUUCUGCUCAACCGUCUUGGUGUGCAGUCCGUUGUGAAUGGGAUCUCCACAAUCAACAGGACUUCAGACAAGGCCAAGUUCAAAGACUGCGUCGACAAGAAAAAUGCCAAGGACGACACAUUCGAGGACAUGACCAAGCUUACGACGCUUCUGUACGCCGAACAUGUCAAUUGGGCUCUGGAAAAGAACAAGCUCCCUAGUCUCGAACAACUCCACGGGACAAGCGGCUUUGCUGCUGUCUAUGAGAGUUAUAUUUCAAGGCCGAGGUUCAUUGGGUCAGUCAUCGCCACAGACUUGGCUAACAGAACCGACGCCUGCAGUACUUCCCUCCUUUUUGUAUGCGAGUACUUGAACCAAGGGCCGGGCUUCACCCCAUUCCUGGAUCAUGGCUUCGAUACGUCUUCUAGCAAUUCCGUGCUUCAGAAGUGGAUUGAGGCGCUGUUGGAAGUGCCCAAACUCCAGAGCAAGCAAGGGGUAGCCGAAAUCUUUGGUUUUGCUGCUGCUGUUGCCUCUAUCGUUGUUGCUCCCGUUGAUAUUAGCGGAAAGCUACAGAGCAGCACUGGAUUCCACAUGCGCGACCUCGUCAUGUCGAAGACUUUCCGGCCCGCCGCAGUCAAAGCUGCGAAGAAUGUCACGUCCAAAAUUUCUGGACCGAAGAGGGUUCCGGUCUCCCACUUGCGAAGCAGCGAAUCUGCCAGAGAGCUAGCUGCGGACCAGACACAGUCGCAAGGAAUUUCCGUUAUCAAUCUCAGCGUGCUAGGUGUCGACGACAUUAGCUUCGAGAGCCUGGUGGACGGAGCCAAUGAUAACUUCAAGUCAAUCGUCACUCAGUGUAAGCAGAAUUGGGCCACCAAGGAGGACAAGUGGCACGCUGCCUCUGCCGGUCUGGCCACUGUUUCGAAGCAGAGCUCUCGUCGGUUCUCGACUGGCCAGGCCUUUACGGGCUUUUCGCUCACACACGUGAGCUCGAGGGAGCAAGAGUGGCUCGAAGUCACCACAUAUACUGGACGCCCACUUGCCGACUGGAUUGAACAAGUCCAAUCCCCGCAUCCACGUCUUUUUACCGGCAAGUCACCCAAGGUCAAGGAAGUAACGACGACCGAAGUGCCCAGGGCUUCUUGUUUCAGGCCGGGGACCAAGAUUGCUACCAAGGCGGACGACAUUGCUAUCGAGUCCAUCGUCGAAGGCACCUUGCUUUUGACAAAUAUAAACUCGCGUACGGGCAUUUGCUCAGAUGAAGACGUCAGGAUCGAGGUUUCAGAUCCUCUACUUGUUGGAUUCAACGGAACUGGCGUGUUUGCUUCGCUAGGGCACGUAUUCCACACCACAACGGGCCUACGUGCGGUUGACCCCACCAUUGCCCUAGGAGAGAACCCGUGGCUGGAUGUUGGCAGGCUUCAGGUUGGACACAUUCUAUACCAGCUAUCCGAGGAUCGCACGUGCUGUGAACUAGUUCCCAUCGAUUCCAUCGAGAUUGAAAGAGUCCCCUCGGUUACUACGCUCCACGGCGUGCACCUUCGUGAAGGUGAUAGAAGUUACUUCGCUAAUGGCUUCCUUGUGGCCGUCAACUACCCAGAAAUCACCAUCAAGAGUGUUGCUGCCGCUCUAGGGAAACUUUCACGAAAGCAACAAGCCCAAGCGCUAUACCAUAUACAGGAGCUUCGGCCAUUAUUCUGGAGCCUCGGCGUCAAUGGCGUUGAUGCCCUACUGCAGAAUGAGCUCAAACUUGCCAAGGAGGACAAGGUGAAAACAAAGCGGCAUCUCAAGGGUCCUCGCUUCCAGGAGAUGCGCCGCCGUUUUGUACUCAAAGCCGACACCUCGAGACUCAUACAAGCCAGGAAGCCUAAAGGAUAUGAGCUGCCCGAAGUGGAUAUUUUUGAGGGCAAUCUCUUUCUCGAUGGCGAACUGGCCACUCGCGUCUCGUUUGACUCGGCCAAGAGCCGCCUGCGAUGGUCUCGGGAGAUUGAAAAUUUUGGCUACGAGCACGGCUUGAUGGCUUUUCACACCCAUGGGUUUGGUGCGCGAGGUGCCGUUUUGGUCUCAGACGAUGAAGACCCCGAGGAUCUGAGAGACGGGAAUGAUUAUAUUGUGCCUUUCACAUGCUCUGGACCACAAGGCCGAACUCAAAAUCCAAGCGUACCGAAGCCGGAUCUCACUCGAAAGAUAAAAGUGGGAACCCACGCCAUUUUGCCUUCCAGAGGUUUGGGUGCAGCCGGGGACGGCGUUCGCAAGAUCCCAGUACCUGAUCGUGUCCCUGGUCUGUUUGAGCCCGGUGGGCCUCUGACUCCUAGCGAUCCGCCAGCGGGAGGCGACAGUGAUGGCAAUGAAAAUGACAUACCUAUUGACCCUGACAAGCAGAUUGAUCUCUCACAGGUGGGUUCUGGUUUUAUGAAUCCCAUCUGGGACGAGAGCGACUUCUUCCAGACCUUUGUGGAUGAGGUCGCGUGGCCUAAGGAUGUCGAAGUCAGGACGAGCUGUGUGGAGCCCAAGCGUUGGGGCACCUUGGGUAUUGGCCUCUAUCACACAGAUGCGGAGCACGGCCUAAUUCUCCCGGAGAUCAUUAUCCCGGAGCUAGACCGUCUACUAGAAGCGUAUAACGCUAGGGUCGAGCCAUAUCAGCGGUUUCCUUCGUUCUACGAUGCCCAGAUUAUCGGCAACCCCGACAACACGACUCACGGAAAGGUCCAGAUAACGGCAGCUGCCGCCAUCUCUGCGCUCUCUGACCAGUUUGUCCCAGCAGCUGAGGGAGAGCAGCAGCUCGACUAUCCGACGAAGAACCUGACGUUCCGGAAUAACCUCGACAGCGACAUUACCAUCCCCCUCUUGUUUGCCGAAGCUGAAAUGGAUUUUGACGUCCACUACGAAGAGCUGCGGGGGUCUGUCUGGGAAUACGACCCCGAAAUGACGGGCUGUCUAGGAGAACGCUACCUUUUCGAAGCCACGUAUGACCCCUUCGGGUUCUCAAUGUCAACGUCAGCAGACUUGAUGAGGACAAGCAGUGCGUUGCAGCGGAAGAGGGCCAAAGUCUCGUACCUGGCGGCGAAGUUGGACGACUCAAAGAUGUCUACGAAGCCUGCCCUCAUCUCAGACGGAGCAUUGAUAAGAGCAACGGCUACGGAUACGGAUGCUCUCAACCGGUUGCUAGAGAGGGACAUUUCGCAAACUCAGGCAAUGUUCCAGAAGCUCAUGCUGUACUACAUGGACGACGAGGACAGAGAGAAGUUCACAUCGGAUGCGAAACCCGAUCCGCUUGAGUUCACUCCUGGCAUCGACGGCAGCCUGAACUCCAAUCACAUUGAGUGGAUUAGGGGAGUAUACGGAAAGGCCUACGUGACAUAUAGUUUCUCGAGACUGAGCAAGGUCGUCGAGGAUGGCGACGGUACGGAAGACGGCCAUGGGCUUCGUCACAAGUUGACAGAAGCCGAGAAGAAGAAGAUUUGGUAUUUUUGGACUGGAUCUGGCGCUACAAGUCUCUCGCAGUCAGUAGAGUACAACGAGAUCAAUGAGCUCAUAUCCCUGCACGUCACGCGGGAGCAUCUGGGCGACGACUUCAGCGAGGAGUAUCUGGCCAACGCACAAGGUCCAGUCUGGGCCCAGAAAUUGGUUGACAGGGUGACAUCCUCGAGAUACCUUGGCCAGGCGCUUAUUGACCCCGUCAACCAGGAUAGAAACAUUCUUAGCAACUGGUGCACGCUGGCCUUUUGUCUCGACCCUCGCUUAGAAAGCAAUGCGAACACCCCCGAAAACGCGGCACGUACCGCGGAUGAGGACUACGUCGACUACGCCACCGAAAUUUACCUCAGGUGCAUGAACUACUUUAUGGCGAGGAAUGAGAGUCACCCCGGCGAGGUGCCAGAGGACAUCCUCAACUACAAGCUUGAGGACUGGGUAAUCGACGCCAUCGGCGCCAUCCUAGAGCUCACGUACCAAGGCGGUGACGCUAUGGACGCCGAGUUCCGCGCUCAGUUUGAAGAGGAUUUUGCGGCGCUCAUGGACCACUGGGGUAUUUCCGAUAACACCACGAUAGAAGAGAGAAAGGCCCAGAUGGCCCACCAGAUGGCACUUCUGAUGGCAGAAUCAACAGGAACCCUAAACGAUUUCCUAACGGCUACUACAGGCAGAAGCGAUCUUGUCCAUCGGCUGGUGAAUAAAAUCACCAGCUCGGCCACGGGUAUGGGACCAAAGACCAUGGCGGGUCUCAGGGGGUUGUUAAGCGCAGGAUUGUUUGUCGUCUUCUCCGUCAUCACCGUCAGGAUGAUGAAGGACGCUUGGCCCGUAAUGAGCCUUGCCGACAGGGCAGCCUGCGCGACCGAGUUCACACGUGGAUUCUUCCAGAUGCUGUCGGGCUUCUCUGGCAUCUGGAGAGACUACAGAGCAGCCACAAUCGGCAACUCCAUUACCUCCAUAGAGCUCGACAAGGCCAUUAAGAAGGAUCUUGGCUUGAACGAUGCUGAGGCGUUUCAAACCCGGAUGAACAAUUACAACAGGCUCCAGAACGCCGCCAACCCAGAAGCUUCCGGCCUUACCGACGUGGAAAUCAAAAAUGCAAACGCACAGCAUAUGCAAAUGGAGGAAGGGAUGAAGGGAAAACACAUGAGCAAAGAAACCCGAAAUAAGAUAUGGGGGGAGAAGUGGAAGGAGAGGAUGGCUGCCCUCGACAGUGAUGGCACCACCCCCCGCUAUGCUGCUAUGAAGAGCUCGACCAUGGCCGUCCGAGUCUUUGUUGCCUUGAGCUUCCUCGCCAGUCUGGGUGCCUUGUUUGCCACCAGUUUCUCCCUGACCCAGCAGAUCAAGGACGGCAACCUGACAGACAAGGGUAGGCGCGUUGCCAUUGCGCAGAUCACAUUCACUGCGCUUGCAACGGUCGUCGAGUUCAUAGGUAUUUCCUCUACAUUGCUGCUCGUGCCGGUAGUUGGUUUCGUCUUAGCGCUCGUGGGCCUAGCGCUUAGUAUAAUCUUCAUGGGCGACGGGAUACAGGAACCCGAGGAGCCACCACUCUCGGACAUGGAGUUGUUCAUCAGGGACCAGGCCAAGCCUCUACUGGUGCCCAUGCUCGACCCUCCGCCCUCAAAACUCAAGUACACUCUGGGGCAGACGACGUGGGCCGAGGGGGCCACACGCACCCUCAAAAUUACGGCUAAGAAUGAAUCGAGCGAGCCUGUCGAAAUCAGCUGUGUGACUCUCUCUUGGCUAGGUGGCAAUGAUGACAGAUGUCUCUUCACAGAGCGUCAAUUCAUAGCGCGAGAGGUGGUUACCGCGCCGGAGAGCGUCCAACCGCUAACCAACGGCGACCACAUCAUCCAGAGGAUGCCAGUGGGCAACGAUACACCCAUGGAGGCGGCGCUUGUGUCGACGUCGUACAGCAGGCACACGGGGUUCGACAGCACAGUGAUGCCGCUCCCGGUGAGGGGGGAGGUUAACGGGGAGGAGGUGACGACGAAUGUGGACGAGGAAGGGGACAUGGUGUUGGUUACGCAGCCGGGCCACUCGUUUACGUGGUUUAUUACUGGAACGGUAGCAGAGAGGGGAACGAACACCGUCACAGGUGAUGAUUUGCCAGGGGAAAGUGUUGUAGAUGUGGUUGAACUAUUGCCGAAUGGGGAUAAGACACUGAAUCGAUUUGUGAUUCAGAGAGGAUGA